AUGAGCCACCUGCAGUUCGUGGUGCAGCACAAGGCCGCCAACAAGAUGGACUGCAACAACCUCGCGAUCGUGUUCGGCCCCAUCCUGCUCGGUUCGCGCAACGACUCGGUCGGGGUCAUCAUCACCGACGUGAGCCACGUCAUCCGCCUCAUGUCCGUCCUCAUCCAGGACUGCGACUUCUUCUUCCCCGACAAGCACGUCGAGAUCGCCGAGAAGCCCAGCGACUCCCCGCCGCCCGCCACCAAAGCAGAGAAGAGCAAGAAAGAAAAGAAGAGCAAAGACAAGGUGAAGGAGAAGGAGAAGGAGAAAGAGAAGGAGGAGGAGCCCAAGGACUGGGCCAGCAACAUGGAGAAGAAGAGGCGGGCGACCAACGUCAAGAAGAUCAACGAGGAGUGGACCAAGCGCGCCGAGGAGACCACGUCGACAUCGCCCAGCGGCGCCGCGGCGGCCUUGGCCGCGGCCAAGAAGUCGAAGAAGGAGAGGAAGCAGGAGCAGCUCGAGCGCAAAGAGCGCAAGGCCAAGCAGAAGCGCAUCAACGAGCGAUGGCAGCGGAUGGGCAUGCCGGCGUCGCCGUCGCUCGGGCGCAGCGCGACGGCGGCGGGCGGCACGCAGCAGAUGAAGAAGGAGAAGGAGCGGCUCGAGGGCCUCUACUCGCAGCGGAGCUCGCGCGCCGUCCAGCGGAUCACCGUCAACGAGUUCCUGCAGGAGCGCGCGAGCCGCAUCAAGAGCGGGGCCUACACCUACGAGGAGCUGCAGGCCUGGACCCAGGCCCUCAACCACUACUCCGAGGCCCAGGUUAUAUGUACAUGA